AGAGCAUGUCGUCCGCUAACAAGUCAUGUGUUUACGAUGCCCAAGAUUGUAUUGUUGGACCUCAUUGUGUGAGUGCGAGAAGGAACGGAAACAUGUCGCAGAAUGAAAAUUUAGCGAGUAGCGGUGGAAGCGGCGGAGCGAUGGUGGGUACUCAGGAGUUAUCGGCUUGCAGCUUUUCGGACGACGAAACACCAGACGGUGUUUGGGGAAGGUUAUUUCCCUGCAACUCGAAAUUUAUAUCUUUAGUUUUGACUAAAGACAAAUAUACUUUUGGAAGAGACUCUGAAUGUGACUAUUGCUUUAAUUCGCCCCAACUUAAAAGCCACUCAUCUUUCACUUCUUUAAGCAAGUUUCAUUUUUCAUUAAUAAGAGAAAAGACAAGUACAGGAAUAUUUACAUUGCUAGAAGAUCAUAGCAGUAACGGAACUUAUAUAAAUGGAGUUAAAGUUGGUAAGCAUCCUAA